AUGACGACAUUGGGCUUCAUGCUUCAGGGCAUCAUCGCGUGGGGUGUGGUGUCAUAUUCCAUCGCCGAAACCUCUGCGGCUGACGAAGACUUGUCGUCUGGCAUCACCACCAGCGAGUUCCCGCGGUCGGCAAUCAUGUGGACGCUGACAGCGUUGGUACUAUCGGCGCGGACGGGAAGAUAUACCGUCGUGGACAUUAUGGGCUUAAUGUUCGUCACGGUUCCCUUCAAAGCAUUCGUCGAGACGCUCGGCUUCGUGCUCUUGGUCCUGAUGAACGCCCCGGAUUGGCCGAGCGUGGUCUUUCUACCGCCGUAG